CUGCUUGAUUUUCUCUUCUCCCCAAGCAUUAUUUUAUCAGAGAUUUCAGAGAGAGAAAGAGCGAGGGAGCUCUUCUGCUACCCGCAGGUGGUUGCUUCUUGCAGAAGGUUCUCUGUGAUUUUUUUUAUUUUCCUGUUUCCCGUUAAUGUAAAAAGAACAGUUUAAGGAGGAGAAGAAAUUGCAGAUUUCAAUAACAAUAUUAAAAAGGAGAAAAAUUGAAGGGUUUUCGUGGGGAGAACCUUGUGUAGAGAGCCUAAAUUUCCCAAUUAGAUUCCAUCAUCUCUUGACGUAAUCGCUUUCUAUUGCUUUAAUCUCUCCAUUUCAAACUCUCAGAAGAAAAUUCGCUUUUCGCGUCUCAGAAUUGUAUUUUGAUCGCCUCGUUUCUAUCUUUGUUGGCUUUUAUCUUUUGUUGCUUUGGCUUUGUUCUGAGCUUCGAUUGGGGGGGCUUUUUCGGUUUUUUUGGGUGUAAUCAUUGGUGGGUACUUUGCGAUUCGGUCAUACCUUCGUGAUUUGAUGAUGGGUAGGUGAUUCAUAGGGCUUUAGCCGAAUUUUUGCGUGAGUGUGUCGUGAACGGGUGGCUUUUGAAGAAUUGCACCCUGUUUUUUUUGGCUAAAUUGGGCAUUGUGGCGGAUUUGGGUGUAAAGCUGUAGGUUUUUGGAUAAAAUCUCUGGAGGGUGUGGUUCGGAUAUGCUGUUUUUGCAGAUUCUCUUGGUCUGUCGAUAACAUCUGGUGUUCUGUCGAUUAAAUUCGUCGUGGGUGUGCGGAAUAUUGGCUGUGUUGGCUGAUUUCUGUAGUGGGAUGGUGAAAAAUCAAGGGUUAAGGCUCUGAGAAGGGUUGAUCCUUCCAUUUAGUUUUAACACAGACUUAAAACAGAUCGAUUCUGUUGUUUCAAAGAUCAUAUCUUUGGGAUCAAUUGGCCUUGUUUGGGGUUUUAACAUAAUUUCUGCUGCAGUGUUGGUGAAUUUUGUAUUCUAUUGUAUUUUGUGGUGGGCAGCCCUGCGUCCAAGGAUAAGAUGAGUUCAAGCAUCACGGGAGGUUCGGUUCAUGAGGGUAAGCUUCUAGUUCACCUAGCAGAAAAUGGCCACUCCUUUGAGCUUGAUUGUGAUGAAACAACCCCUGUGGAAGGGGUUAUGAGGUAUAUUGAAUCUGUCGCUGGGAUUAAUUUUAAUGAACAGCUUGUUUUGUGUUUGGAUAUGAAACUUGAAUCUCAGCGGCCACUUUCUGCUUAUAAGCUUCCAUCCAGUGAUCGAGAUGUGUUUAUAUUCAAUAGAGCUAGGCUCCAAAUCAAUUCGCCUCCCCCUCCACCUGAGCAAGUUGAUGUUCUUGAAGUUGCAGAUCCUCCAUCACCAGCAUGUCCGCAUGAUCCCCACCCUUUAGAUGACGCAUUGGAUCCUGCUUUGAAGGCUUUGCCUUCUUAUGAGAGACAAUUUAGGUACCAUUAUCAUAGAGGUCAUGCGAUAUACAGUAGAACUCAUAUGAAGUACGAGCAUUGUGAGAGGUUAUUGAGGGAGCAGAAGGUGCAGGAGAGAGCGGUUGAGGUUGCUAGGGGUAAUUUGGAACAAUAUUAUAGGAUGAUUAGUCAGAAUUACUCAGAAUUCAUGAAGCGCUACACACCGCAGCAUAGGAUGCAUUCCGAACUCUUAAUGAAUUACAGGAGGGAUUUAGAAAAUCUGAGGUCUAUUAAACUUCAUCCAGGUUUGCAAACCACUACACGCAAGUGUUUAGUGGAUUUUGUGAAGGAAGAUAACCUGAGAAAAGCUGUUGAGAAUUGUAGCAACUCCCAUAGGCAGUUUGAGAAGAAGGUUUUGGAGUUUAAGCAGAUGUUUAGUGAAGUAAAGAGCAAGGUAGAGGAGUUAUUUGCUUGCAGGACUUUGAUUCCUUUUAGGAAUUUAGAGCUAACCAUCAAAGAGCAUCAGCGAUUCAUCAAUGAACAGAAGAGUAUAAUGCAAUCUUUAAGCAAAGAUGUAAAUACAGUGAAGAAACUUGUGGAUGAUUGUCUGUCCUGCCAAUUGUCCUCUUCACUUCGCCCUCAUGAUGCAGUUUCAGCCCUGGGUCCCAUGUAUGAUGUCCAUGACAAGAAUCAUUUGCCUAAGAUGGAGGCUUGUGACCGUUCAAUUACCAAGCUUCUUGAGUUCUGCAAGGAUAAGAAGAACGAGAUGAACAACUUUGUGCACAAUUACAUGCAAAAAAUAACAUAUGUUUCUUAUAUAAUUAAAGAUGCUAAGUUUCAGUUUCCAGUUUUUAGAGAAGCAAUGAUGCGUCAGGAUGAUUUAUUUACUGAACUGAAGCUUGUUCGUGGGAUUGGUCCUGCAUAUAGAGCCUGCCUUGCAGAAGUUGUGAGAAGAAAGGCCUCCAUGAAACUUUACAUGGGCAUGGCUGGACAGUUGGCUGAAAGGCUUGCUACCAAAAGGGAGACUGAAGUUAGGAGACGGGAAGAGUUUCGGAAAGCACAUACUUCAUAUAUUCCAAGGGACAUAUUAGAUUCAAUGGGCUUGUAUGAUGUUCCAAGCCAGUGCGAUGUCAAUAUAGCUCCUUUUGACACAAAUUUGCUUAAUAUUGAUAUCUCAGACCUGGACCGUUAUGCACCCGAAUAUUUGGUGGGACUACCUGUAAAGAGUGAGAAGCAUGCAAGCUUGAAAGGCUCAUUUUCCAUGUCCAAUGACAGUUCUCAAUCUGCUGAGGUUGAAGAGAUUGUUGCAGACGCUCUUGACAAAGACUAUUCUGAGGAGCUUCUUGAAGGCAGUGAGUUGGUAGAGAUUGCUGGAACUAGCAAGUUGGAAGUUGAGAACACGAAACUUAAAGCUGAACUAGCUUCUGCAAAAGCACUCAUAUGUUCCCUCAGCCUUGAAGUUGAAUAUGAGUCGGUGGAUGAUGAUAAGGUGGAAAGCUUGUUGAAGAAUGCUGCAGAGAAGACAGUUGAAGCUCUGCAGCUGAAAGAUGAGCAUGAGAAGCAUCUCCAAUCUAUGCUUAAGGCAAAACAACUGCAAUGUUUGUCAUAUGAGAAGCGUAUCCAAGAAUUAGAGCAGAGAUUGUCUGAUCAGUUUCUGCAAGGGCAAAAACUUUCAAGCAGCAAUAUUGCAUCUGAUUUUGACCUUCCAGCUGCAAAAGCUUUUGACAGCAAACCACAAAUCCUUAGUGAUGUGCAAGCCCUUGUGCCUUGUAUAUCAACUUCAGAACCCAUGGAUGAGGUUUCUUGUAUUUCUAGUUCUUUGGAUGCAAAACUAGGGCUUUUCACAAGGCAACCAAGCAAAGGUCGAGAAGGGGGUGAUGAAAAUAUGAUGGAUUCCUCUGGAAUGUUAAAUACUCAGUUGGAUUCUCUAAUGAUGGAACCGCAUCGUGAAGAACUGCAAGUCAGUGAUAAAGAUGGGAAAGAUAGAAAUUUGGGACAACUGGGCAUGUCAUUGGCAAACAGUUCCACAGCUGAGAGUAUGCCUGAAGCGGUAAAUGUGAUACCUACUGAUGCAGCAAUAGAGCCAAAGAUCGCUGGUGAUCUCAUUUUGGAAUUGGAAAGUGCACUUGGAGAAAAAUCAAAUCAAUUGAGUGAAACUGAAUCCAAGCUCAAAGCUGCUAUGGAGGAUGUUGCAUUGCUUACUAGGGAAUUGGAAACAAGUAGGAAGCUCCUUGAUGAAUCUCAGAUGAAUUGUGCUGACUUGGAGAACUGUUUGCAUGAAGCGAGAGAAGCAGCCCAAACCCAUCUUUGCGCUGCUGAUCGGAGGGCCUCAGAGUAUAGUGCUCUGCGUGCAUCUGCUGUGAAAAUGCGUGGCCUUUUUGAAAGACUUAGGAGCUGUAUAUGUGGCCCGGGUGGAGUUGCUGGUUUUGCUGAUUCCUUGCGUGCCUUAGCUCAAUCUUUGGGCAACUCCAUUAAUGACAAUGAAGAUGAUGGUAAUGCUGAGUUUCAGAAGUGCAUCCGGGUUCUUGCAGAUAGAGUUGGUUUCUUGUCUAGGCAUCGUGAAGAGCUGCUUGACAAGUACCCAAAACUGGAAGCUGCAAAUGAGCAGCUUAGAAAGGAGUUGGAAGAAAAGAAGGAACUUGUUACCACUUUAUAUAAAAAGCAUCAACUUGAGAAGCAGGCAAACAAGGAAAGGAUAUCUUUCGGGCGAUUGGAAGUUCAUGAGAUAGCUGCAUUUGUUCUCAACUCAGCUGGGCAUUAUGAGGCAAUCAACCGAAAUUGUUCUAACUACUAUCUAUCUUCUGAAUCUGUGGCCUUGUUUACUGAUCAUCUUCCGAGUCGUCCCAGCUACAUUGUUGGGCAGAUUGUGCAUAUUGAACGCCAGAUUGUGAAGCCAUUGCCUUCAAGCUCACCCAGGCCUGAGCAUGGCAAGACAGAUCCAGUGGAUCAUCUGACUUGUGACACAGGAACUGACCAAUUGACCCUGAAUUUGGGAUCAACUUCAAACCCAUUCAGUCUUCCUAUUGGCUGUGAAUACUUCGUAGUGACAGUAGCUAUGUUACCUGAUACCACCAUUCGUUCAGCACCUCCUUCCUGAUCCCACCUGCCUCAUGCAGAAUACGACGUGAUGGAAGAAAUCAAGUGUAUAUUAUAUAUAUUAUGUAAAUGAAUAUUGGAAAAAGAUGGUGGAAAAUGAACUCUUUUCUUUUUGUACAGUUGAUGUUCCAUUUAAGUUAAUCUUUGCUUUGUGUAUAAAGCUACUCAAUUUACUGAUGUAAAAAAAAAAAAAAAAAAAGAAAAGGUGAAUAUAUUUAUCAGUCUCUUGAAUUUUAA